AUGGAGAUGAAGAAGCUGUGUAAUGAUGGUGAACUGAAGAGGGUCCAGCAGAAUGAAGUAGAUGUGACUCUGGAUCCUGAUACAGCUAGUCCCAGUCUCAUCCUGUCUGAGGAUGGGAAACAAGUACAUGAUGUAGAUGUAAGAAAGAAACUCCCAGACAACAUGGAGAUGAAUAAGCUACCUGACAUGAAAACAGGUGUAAAGAAGUAUGCCUGUGAACUCACUCUGGACCCGAACACAGCCCACAGACAUCUCUUUCUGUGUGAAGACAACAGAAAGGUGAUGCAGCGUGGAAAAACACAGAGGUAUCCUGACCACCCAGAAAGAUUUGACUACCAUAGACAGGUGUUGUGUAGAGAGGGUCUGAGUGGGCGCUGUUACUGGGAGGUAGAGUGGGGAGGAAGGGUGGAGAUAGGAGUGACAUACAGAGGAAUCCCAAGGAGAGGAAAGGGGGAAGACGGUGAGCUUGGACUGAAUAGACAUUCUUGGUGUCUUGAUUGUGAUGAUAAUGGUGGAAAUAGUUUUGGUGAAGAUAAUAAUUACUCUGCCUGGUACAGCAAUAGUCAAACACAAUUGCCUUCCCUCCCCUAUCACUUUAAGAGAAUAGGAGUGUAUCUGCACCAAUCUGCUGGCAUUCUGUCCUUCUACAGUGUGUCCCCAGAUGUGGGAGGCUCCUCAGGCAAACGGACACGCAUCCACACCUUCCAUUCAACGUUCACUCAGGACCUCCACCCUGGGUUUCUGUUAUAUGAUUCUGAUUCCACAGUGUCUCUGUGUCGUUUGUAGUCUCUCUCUCCCUCCCUCCCUCAUUUAGUGCAUGGCAGGAUUGUGUUCAUACAGAUUGAGGGACUACUGUAUAAUUUGUGUGAUGAUAAUCUAUAAUCAUGUUGUUGUUUUGGAGGGGGGGUAUUGUGGUCUUUGUGGCCAGCCAGCCGUCACUGGGCAGCAUUUAUAUUUGGUCAAAAUGAUAGAGUUGACCAAAAUCACACUGAAACACCGUACAAUCUGUCCACAACAUGGUUCAAGUGAUAAUUGUAGACUUUUUUCGGAACAAAGAAAAAAUGUAAAAAGCCAGAUGGGGGUUGAAGGAAAAGGGGUUUCCUCUGAGAUCUACAGGUUGAAGAACAGAGAACUGAAUGAUGAAGAUGAAGGUGAAAAGAAAAUCUGCAUUCUAGUGAAUUCUUAAACGUUAUAAGAAGCAGAAAGAAAAUAGGUUUGAAAAAUAAGGUGUGUUCCUAAAAAUAAUUCAUAAAUAUAUCCGCAAAAAUCCAUUGACAUACAAUAGUUUCAUAUUUCUAUGUGUGUAGCUAUAGCAUAGCAGCAUUGUAACCUGAUAGCAGGGCUGCUCUCUGCCUUUUCAUGGGGAUAACAUGCUUUUUAUAUCUUGUUCAAGAUCCUGUAAAUAAUGUAAUUUAAAUGAGAGAAGAGCCUCUCUCUCUCUCGAAUUUGAAAGUGGUUUCCUCUGUUGCCUUUGCUUUUUCACAAUGAAAUUCUGAUGUAUUUUUAAAUCAUGGGCUUUGUUUGACCUUCACUGUUCUUUGAAUAAACAAAAUACGUGUGAUCAUCC